UUUGGGUCCGUUGUUGACUCAUCCAAACAGAGUUGCCUCCGGCCUACUGCAGACAGACAUGGCGACGAACGCAGAUUCUAACCAUAACCCCAGCCCCAAGACGACGGUGCAUCUUCAAGACAAGGGAGAAAUGGAGACGGUCUUCCGCCGCUUCGACACCAACGGCGACGGCAAGAUCUCGGUGGUGGAGCUCGUCGCCGUCAUGAGGGCCGUCGGCUCCGACACCUCCGAGGACGAGGUGAAACGGAUGAUGGAGGCCAUCGACACGGACCUCGACGGCUUCAUCAGCCUCUCCGAGUUCCAGCAGUUCUUUGCCGGUGGCGAGGGAGACGACGGCGAUGCUCACAAUCAAGAGCUGAGGGAAGCGUUCGAGUUCUACGACCAGGACAAGAACGGCCUGAUCUCUUCCGCGGAGCUCCACCAGAUCCUGAACCGCCUCGGCGAGACGUGCUCGGCCGGCGAUUGCUCCAGGAUGAUCAAGUCCGUCGACACGGACGGCGACGGCUACGUGAACUUUGAGGAGUUCAAGAAAAUGAUGAGCAGCGGCACCCGUUGACGAUUGAUCCGAGGCCAGGUUCCACUGGCCUCUAUCCUCCUUAACUAAUUAGAGUUUAUCUUCAUUAGUUGUAAUGUAUUGAUUAUCUAAACGUAGACAAAAUAUUAGCAUCAACAUAAUAACACGAUCAACUGGUAUCGCUCUCGCUCAAACAGUGAAUUUCAUUUGUUCCGUCUGUUUGUGAGUGAUCUGCCUGAUGCUGAAGAUGAUAGGAAGUAAGCUUAGAGAGAUGGAAUUUGGACAUCAGUUUCAUAUUGAUAUCUGCCAUUAGAGCUCCAAUUUCGAACUGUCCGUAACAAACUCUAUCAAAAAUUAGUUGACGAUGUUCACGAGUCCUUGUCCAGGCCGAUGGGGCGAUGCUUUUCAGAUCAGUCGCCCACGCGGCGCAUGUGAGUGGGCGGCCCGCUUUCACUAUUUUGAUUUUCUUUUUUAAUUUUUGACAAACGUGUGGUCCCUUCCCUUUUAUUAUUUUCUGUUUUGAUGAUAAAUAUGGAAUCCUUUUA